CAGAAACGAGUCAUGUAGGUGAGAUUCAGAAUCAAGAUUCGAAGCCGCUAUUAACCUUGCCCAUAAACUGUGUAAGAUACGGAUUACUAGGAAUCCAACGCGAGAGAGGAGAUUCCUCAGUCCAAUCAAAGCUCUCCGCUUGUUGGCUGGGAAUUCGGAAUUAGGAAUUACACCUUCUUUAGGAGACUGGAGUGGCUAUGAAACCGCCCUCUGAAGUUCUUGAAGAUCUCAGUUGUCCUCUCACUACCACAGCCGCCAUGGAUGAUAAUAAGAGGAGAUCGUACUGGCGGUUUAGCAAGAAUGAUUUUUUCCCGGAGCCCACAUUCGAGAACUUCUCCACCUACCUCCACGCCCUGGGCCGGACGCCGGGUCGCCUCAAAGACCGGUUUUUGUCCCGCUCCGAUGAGGCGACGGAGAUGGUGGAGCUGAAGAAGGAGUCGGAGAACGAGAUGCAGAAAUGUCUCACAUGGUGGGACCUCAUGUGGCUCGGGUUCGGGUCCGUAGUCGGGUCGGGCAUCUUCACCAUCACCGGCCUCGAAGCGCGCGAGGACGCCGGUCCUUCCAUUGUUCUAGCCUACGCAAUCUCCGGCCUCUCCGCUUUGCUCUCUGUUUUCUGCUACACAGAAUUCUCCGUCGAGAUCCCAAUCGCCGGCGGCUCCUUCUCCUUCCUCCGCAUCGAGCUCGGCGAUUUCGUGGCGUUCUUGGCCGCAGGUAACCUUCUAUUGGAAGCCGUCGUAGGCGCCGCCGGGCUAGGCCGCUCCUGGUCUUCCUAUUUCUCCACUCUCAUAAGCAACAAUGCCGAUUUCUUGAGAAUCAAGAUUGAUUCUUUCGCUGAAGGGUUCAAUUUGUUGGAUCCAACGGCUGUGGUGAUUCUCGCCGUUGCAAAUGGAAUAGCCAUGACUGGAACUCGCCACACUUCCAUUCUCAACUGGCUAAGCUCCAUAAUUACUGCUUUGAUUAUAGUUUUCAUCAUCAUUGUUGGGUUUAUUAAUGCCAAAACUGAGAAUAUAUCCCCAUUUAUCCCCUUUGGAGCUGGGGGGGUAUUUAGGGCUGCAGCUGUAGUGUACUGGUCUUAUACAGGUUUCGAUAUGGUGGCAACAAUGGCGGAGGAGACUAAGAAGCCCUCUCGGGAUAUACCGUUAGGUUUGGUUGGUUCAAUGUCUAUUAUCACUGUAGUUUAUUGCCUAAUGUCAUUGGCUCUCACCAUGAUGGUGAAGUACACCAUGAUUGAUCCAGAUGCCCCGUUUUCGGUUGCUUUCGAGGGGAUAGGGAUGAAAUGGGCUAAGUAUUUGGUCACCGUUUGUGCUUUGAAGGGAAUGACGACGAGUAUGCUAGUAGGGUCUAUGGGGCAGGCUCGAUACACUACUCAGAUUGCCCGGGCGCAUAUGAUUCCCCCGUGGUUUUCCCUCGUUCAUCCGAGGACGGGGACGCCAAUAUACGCUACUUUGUUGACCACCAUAACGAGCUGUGUUAUCUCGUCCUUCACGAGCUUGGAUGUCUUGUCUAGCGUGUUCUCGUUCAGCACGCUUUCCAUUUUCAUGCUAAUGGCGGUUGCUUUGCUGGUUAGGCGAUACUACGUUAAGGAGCAGACUACGAGAGGCGAUUAUAUCAGAUUCUUGGUGUGUCUGUUUGUCAUCAUGUGUUCAUCGAUUGGAGCGACGGUUCUUUGGAACCGGGAUAGUAGAGGAUGGGUUGGGUAUAGUGUGGCGGGCGUUUUAUGGGGUUUGGGCACGUUAGGAAUGGGAUUGCUUCCGAAAAAGAGAGUUCCGAAAGUUUGGGGAGUUCCCCUCGUUCCUUUGCUGCCAUCGCUGUCGAUUGGGAUGAACUUGUUUCUUAUAGGGUCUCUUGGUGCCGUCGCGUUUUGGAGGUUCUUUGUAUGUAGCGCCGUGAUGGUAGUUUACUACCUACUCGUUGGUGUUCAUACUACGUACGAUAUGGCUCAUCAAGGUCAUCCCGCUUUGAGAACUGAAGAGGGGAAAGGCGCUUCCGAUCAAGAGUUAUAGUAGGUUAGAUGCCGAAAAUCUGCAUCUUCAUUUAUGUACAUUUCACCAGAUGUCAAGGUUCUUUGGCUCAGUGUCUAGUAUUAAAGGUAGAAUAUGGUUUCAUUUUAGUUUAGGAUGGUUUCUUUUUAUUCUUUUGGAGUUUGCAGUGGUGAUCAUUGACAAGCUAAUAGACAUAUCACAUAUGUGUGAUUAACAUGGAUUGGAAAAGAAAUGUCAAUGAAUAAUGUGUCAUUUUGAUUCAUUAUUGUCAA